GUCCCGGAAGCGGAACGGGAAAAGGCGGAAGUAGAGGCCGGGGCCUGCGAGACGCACCGGCGGGAGCGGCGCUGCGGGCGUUGCAACCUGCCUACAGGUGGAGAACCUGCAGCAUCCUUAACUCCAGGCACUCCUGCACUUAAGACCAAGCACGAUGGCAGGUCGAGGUGGGGCUGCCCGACCGAAUGGACCAGCUGCUGGGAACAAAAUCUGCCAGUUCAAACUCGUCCUGCUGGGAGAGUCAGCGGUGGGCAAGUCCAGCCUGGUCCUGCGCUUCGUCAAGGGGCAGUUCCACGAGUACCAGGAGAGCACAAUUGGAGCUGCCUUCCUCACACAGACAGUGUGUCUGGAUGACACAACGGUGAAGUUUGAGAUCUGGGACACGGCGGGGCAGGAGCGAUACCACAGCCUGGCCCCCAUGUACUACCGGGGCGCCCAGGCUGCCAUCGUGGUCUACGACAUCACCAACACAGACACAUUUGUACGAGCCAAGAACUGGGUGAAAGAGUUGCAGAGGCAGGCUAGCCCCAAUAUUGUAAUUGCACUAGCAGGAAACAAGGCAGACCUUGCUAACAAGAGAGCUGUGGACUUCCAGGAUGCACAGACAUAUGCAGAUGACAACAGCUUGCUGUUCAUGGAGACGUCGGCGAAGACAGCGAUGAAUGUGAAUGAAAUCUUCAUGGCAAUAGCCAAGAAACUGCCAAAAAACGAACCCCAGAACGCUCCUGGUGGCCCGGGCAGGAAUCGGGUGGUGGACCUUCAGGAGAGCAGCCAGCCCAGCAGAAGCCAGUGCUGCAGCAACUGAGCAGCUGCUGCAGCCCACGAGCCCUUGGAGGAGUGACUGGAACCCACGCUAACGAUCGCACUUACCGUAGGGCGGCCGCUGCCGGCGCCGCCGUGAUUCUCCAUCCCUUUCUGAUCAUAGGCUGGAGGGAGUUCUUCCACCUGCACCUUUCUGUACAAAUACUAAUUCAAUUCUAAGUCUUAAGUCACUUUUUUAAUAUAUGAACUUCUGCUCUUCCCUCUUCCUGGUGGUGGUGGAUGCAGGAGCUGGUGUCUGCCCAGCCAGCGUGGCCGUCCCGCAGGUGAGGCCAGCAGCAGCCAGGUCCCACAGCACUGUAGUUCACUAUGGGAAACAAAGGGAUAUUGGGACACGUGUUUAAGGUUCCCUGUCUGUAAGAGCUGAGGCUGAUCCCGUACGAUGUGCCCAGAACAACCACUAAACUGUAGCAUUAGAGACAAACUCCGGCUCUUGGGCCACUUAUUGACCAAAUCAAUGAUGAGUAUUUGGGGUGGGGCAGAGGGAAGCAAAACUGGUUUCUUCUGUAUUUUGUAUUGUAUGUUUCUCCAUGUAACCAAUCAGUAUCUUGUCAAUAUAGUACAUCCAACGA